ACUUCUAGAAGACCCUAAGACAAAAUGAAGGCUCUCAUUUUGAUCGGUGCCAUCUUGAUUGUCACUGCUUGCUUCUCGCCAGCUGGUGCACAUAAGCGGAAAAGCUUCAGGUUUAGUGAAAGUUCCGAAGAGCAUUUAAAACUACUUAAACAAUUAAGUUCUAAGCUGUCAAGAGGAUAUUUUGCAAAAUCUGAAACGGCUCCUGGAAGUCCAUAUGGUCACCACGGUCGUCAUGAACCCCACAGAGGUUGCCAUUCCCCUCACUCCCCCCACCAUCACCAAAGCCCACCUGGUCCACCACCCAGACCUAUAUCACCACCUGAGAACACUGUAAAUCCUCAAGCACUAUCAGCCGCUUCUAGUGCUGCCCCAAUCCUAAUUUAUACCACCGCCACUGCUGCUGCCAACACCACCACUGCCACUGUUUCUGCGGGAAAAACUGCAGGCGUGACAUCCACCACCAUGGCUCCCAACAACCCCCAACCUGAAGACAUCACCAGUGCCCCUGUGGCUGGCACUACCACUGCCCCAGCAGCUAACCCUACUACUGUCAACCAGCAACAAGUAAUUCAGUAAAUUCCACAACAGUCCAAGAUUACAAACCUACCAAACCACAAGGAGACCAAGGCAA